UUAGCGCGCGAGAAUUUCUGCAGUUAUCGUCCGUUUUCCGUACAUGUAAGUACCAUCGGAGAAACUGGGCACUACAUCUUCAAGUAAACGAUACCCAUCUGUCCCUCCUAUCUGGUGUCCAUCUUUGAAAUUCAGAAUGGCAGCUUGACACUUUCAAAUUGUCGUACUUCUUCAUUUCUGUUGAGCCCCAGCCACAUGAAAAAUGCAAAGGCGAAUAGUUAAGAGUGAAAGUCCUAUCGUUGAAGAUUCUUUUCAGAGGAAGCAGAUGACAAGAAGAUCUCAUGCGGCCUUCACAUGGGUUUUUGUCAACGUGAUUUUGGCGGCAACUUUCUUUGCGGAGCUGAUGUUUGGUUCUGUUGCUGAAUACUUUCAGAUUCAACACCCUCUGCUCUGGUUUGCUGUUUGUAGUCUUGCAAUCUGGUUCACAUUUUGCUUCAUUGUGGAUCUGUACCAUUACACGAGGCCUGUUUUGGGACAAAACAGUGUUGUGCUCUCACCAGAACAAAGGAAGUUACUUGGCAUCCGUCCAACAGACUCAGGAUUCAAGCUGGCUCCACUCCAUACCCCAACAAGUCAAGGAACUGCAUCUCCCACCAUCAUCACAACGUCGUCAUCACCAGUUGUGGGUGUGUCCACUACAAUCACUGGCACACCCCCACGGAUCCAUGGAACACCACCCAGGUCCAACAGCAGCUCUCCUGCAAGAUCUCCAUUAACUGGUACACCAUCAUUUUACAAUGAGACAGUUGCAAGCAGUCCUGAUUCAAGGUCUAGACAUUCAUCUCCUGGCAGGUCUCCAUUUCCAUCCAGUGACUACAUGACAGAUCUCAACUCACUUGAUCAGUAUUUCAGAGAACAAGAGCAAGAAGAGCAUAGAUUACAAAGAGUUGCUUCACCUGAUGCACUCUCAUCAGGCAGAGGACAGCCUUACUGGUCAGGCUACAGAUACGACUUCACUCCUCCACUGAAUGUAUACAGAAUUGCUCGAAGGUCUCCUGAUCUGACUUCUUCACGAGAUGAUGAUGACUCAGGUUACAACAGUACAAAAGCUGAUGAGAUCUGGACAAAAUUUGCUGUAACAAGGACAAAUCUUGACCAUUGGACUGAAAACUGCAGAAAGUGGCUUUGUCAAACAAUCUUGGUGCGACUUGUGGAGCAGAUUGAUGCAGUGAACGAGACCCUUUGCAGAAUUGGUUGCUCAGAGCUUCAAGUAGGGGCCAUCAGUCUUAGCGCUGUGCGACAAGUAGCUGUCACAAAAGCCGACCAGGCUCCCACCCUGCGAGCCAUUAUUCCUUACCUUGAAGCUUCUAAUAACCAGGAGUAUCUUGUACAACGCCUCUCAGAGCUGGCUCAGGGUGGCUGUAUGGGAUUAUACAGAUGGAAUUCUGGCGGACAGUACAGAGGGAAGUUAUGGGAACAAGAUCUUUUAGCCGAUUCACAGUUGCUGCUCCACAUGUUCUGUACAUAUAUGGAUUCUCGUCUACCCGCUGACCCAACAUUCCCGGAUGGAAGGACAUUCACUGGGCGUCAUUUCCUAAAGACCCCGGAUAAACCAGACGUUCGUAAGAGUGACUUGUGUAUUUACCAGUCUCGCCUUCAUCCGCCGCACUUUAAGGUUAUUAUUGAAGAUGAAGUCUAUGACAUGCCAAAGGGACAAAACAACCUGUUUCACACCAUCAUUUUCUUCCUUCAUCACGUGAAAACCAAGCAGUAUGGAAUGUUGGGGCGGGUCAACUUAGGAAUGUCUGGUGUGAAUAUUCUCUGCAUUCUGAACAAGAAAUGAAACUCCCCGCUUCUGCUAACUACUCCAAACUGUCAAACGAGAAAGAAAGACCGUUAUCCAACAAGAGCUGUCACGUGAGUAGUACGUGAGUUACACGUGACAUGAUUGCUAUGAAAAGAUGAAGUGAGAUGCCUGUAUCCUUGUCCAGCCGCAGUUUUCGUCCUGGUCAUGCGAUUGCGGUCUCCUGACGUGAUACAAAACAUGGGCAGUGUAUUUUCCAGCUGACGCUGACGGACUUUCUCGCGUGUUAAAUGUGGGUAAAGAGAAAAGAACAGCAGAUUCAAACAUUAUUUGUUUAUGUACGGAUAAUUUACCCAGACAAAAUAUUAUAUAUAAGAGAACUGUAUUUCGUUGUGGAAUCGUGUACACACUGAACAUUGUUGGAGCAUCUUAGUCAGUAUGUCAGCCAGAAUUGUCGAGUUCUUCUAAUUCAAGAAUAAUCUGUUUUUCUGAGAUUAUUUGUUAAGACCAUCCACGUCAGAUUUUAAUUUUCGUUGUAGUUUUUAAUGCUUCAAUUUUUCCAAGUUUUCUUUGCCAUGCUUUCUGUAAACAGUCAGGGUUUAAGGAGGCUUUUUUGCUUGUCGUCCCCAGUAGUUCGAACUUUUUUAUUAGGUCACUAAGAACUAAAUAAAUGACUCAAACAGUGACCCGAACAAUAACUGCUGCAGGUUUCCGGAAUCAUUUAAAUAGGGGUCUGGAAGUUACAACGACGACGCAAAGCCAUUGCAAAGAACGUGGGAGAAUGUUCGGAGUACUCAUGAGUACUCGGUCUUGUUUCUGAUUGGUUAACGGUAAUUGAAAACCCUCCGAAAGCUUGACGGAGAUUUGUGUAAACAGCUUUUGUAUCCCGACUGUUGAAAGUUUUCAGUUAUAAAGUCAUGCAAGUUUUAUUUUACGAGAAAAUCUUUUCUGUAACAUCUUUUUUUUUUCAAAACCAAGGCAAUAAAAUUUCCUUUUCAAAGUUUCA